AUGCAGUCCAAACACAUCGCGUUCGGCGCUCUCGGAGUCGUGGGACUCGUGUUGGCGGUCGUGGGCGCCGUCGUUCUCGCCGUCUUCCCCAUUGUCCUCAAGAAGAAGAUUCUCGAAAGUUCGCAAAUCGUCAACAAUUCCGACGCUUUCAAGAAUUGGCAGACCAUUCCUCUGCCGGCGCUCAUGAAGUUCCAUAUCUUCUCCCCGAAGAACGCCGACACCUACACCUCGCUGGCGGACGUGGAACUGGAGGCGCGGGGGCCCUGGGUGUUCGAGGAGUGGCGGUCCAAAGAGGAAAUCCGUUUCCAUCGCAACGAACGCAACGAUUCUCUCGUCUCUUAUCGCGAACGCAAACGAUAUGUCUUUCGAUCGGAUCUCUCGAAAGCGACGCUCGAAGAAGACGUCACGUUCGUCAACGCGCCCGUAAUGGCCAUUCUCUUCAAUCAGGUGAUGCCCGACGCGUCGAUGGCCUUCGAUAUGUUCGCCGAUCAGUUGGACGUAAACGAGAAGUCGCUCUUCACGACCCGAAAGGCCGGGGAUCUGCUUCUGGACGGCGUGGACCUGAAACUCGUGGACCUGCUCGCGCCACUCAUGCCCGCGGGCACCGGCAUCGAGAUCAAGCGCUUCUCCAUCACAGGAGGCCGCGACUUUCUCGGCGAUCGCCUCACAGUCUAUACGGGAGUCGGAAGAGAAGACAAAUUGGGACAGAUCUACAAAUGGGGGGACUCGCGGGAGUUACGCAAUACGGACACCAAGCAGACGCCCAUUUGGCCCUUUCACGACGACAGCCAACACUCGUGUCUCCAGUUCCGCGGAACGGACGGCACGUUCUUCGGACCCGACGUCUCGCCGAACGACAGACUCUACGCCUUCGACCCUUCCGUCUGUCGUUCCCUUUUUCUCGCCUUUCAGCGCGAGUCCGAAGUGAAGGGCAUUCCGACGCUCCGUUUCGUGGCGCCCCAAGAGUUCUUCGGCGCCGCCAAACACUUCCCGCAGAACUCGUGCUAUUGUCUGCGCAAAGACGUCAACGACUGCGACAAAGACGGCCUUCUCGAGCUCUCGCACUGUUUGCGACAGACGGGCGGCGCUCCCGUC